CAGCUGGUUAUGUGCUUCAGUUUGUUUACAAGAGGGAAAAUGUUUAUUAAACUUUAAACAAUAGGAACUUGUGUUUAUAUAUUGAAUUAAAGGCUAAAUAAUAUGGCAAAUGUUACUCAGAUUAGUUUGGAAUCUUUACUGAUUAGGUACACAAAAUCCCCAACUUCGGCCCCAGAUACAGUAGCCUUAAACGCGUUUUUUGCCCUUAUUAACAAAGAAAGGGAUGGGCCGGCCCUGGGCGUUAAAGUUAUUGCUAGCCAAUUACCUAUUGGGACAGAACAAGAAGUCCUAUCAACUUUGAAUGUUUUAGAUACAUGUAUGUCAAAGUGUGGAGUAAUAUUUCAAGGAGAGGUCGGAAAAUUUAGGUUCUUAAAUGAAAUGAUUAAGUUGGUAUCACCAAAAUACCUUGGCCAGAGAACACCUUUAUCUGUAAAACAAAAGGUUUUACAGCUAUUAUAUGUUUGGACUCUUGAUUAUCCUAAAGAGCAAAAAAUUAAGGAGGCAUUUGACAUGUUGAGAAAACAAGGGGUUAUAAGAGAGAUCCCUAAUCCCAAUAUACCACAGGAAGCUCUUGGUUAUGAAUCAAAGAAGAAGGCCUCAAACUCAGUAUUCCAGGAUGAGGAAAAAUCCAAUAUACUAAAAAAAUUAUUGCAAAGUAAAGAUCCUGAGGAUAUCCAAGCUGCAAACUGGUUAAUCAAGAGCAUGGUCAAAGAGGAGGAAAAACUUGCUGAUAUGAAAAGCAAAACUAUUGUAGAACUUGAGCCAAUCAAAAACAAUAUUAAGCUACUUAAUGAGAUGAUAGAAUCAUACAAAGAAUGUGACACAACAAGAAAUGAGCUAGAUUUAAUGAAUGAGUUGCAUGGAAAUUUGGUCAGGUAUAAGCCAACUUUAAAAAAUUUGACAUGCUCUCAGGAUAAUUUGCCAAUAGAUGUAAUUGAGCCGGUAUUAAAAACAAUGGACGAAGUAACUGAAUGCCUCAACAAAUAUAGUGAAGUCAUACUAAAAAUAAAAUCAAAUAAAAGCAACUUGGCCUCAUUAUUAGAAUUGGACCAACAGGCAGUAGGAUCAACUUCGUUGAUACAAAUGGAUUCGAAAAAUGACCCGACCAGUCCAAACACUUCAUCUUUGGAUGUACUCUGUGAUGUAUUUUCAAACCUCGAUGAUCCCACUGAGAGUUCUGAUAUAUUGCUACCUGUUCAGGCAAUUUCAAAAAGUCAAAAUGAUUCCAGGCAAGAGGACAAACAACAAAAAAUGAAAGCCUUGGAAGAUCUGGAUGUGUUAAGUGAGCAUUUGCUUAAAGAAAAUUUGCCGUCUUCAAAUUAUAGACAUCAUGACAAAAUUCCCCUGAACCUCCUCACAAAAAUCAACGAAAUAAAAAAAUCCCAACCGCCUCCGGCACCCGCCAAACCAUGCCCGAGACUUGAGACAACGUGCUUUCUCGAGUCUAACUCGAGCACCGGUUCCAGUGUGACGUCAUCCAGCGACACUAUUGACAGUAAUGACAUUCCCGAUGACUGUCUGGUGGACAUUACUUUGGACAAAAAGGACGGAGAUGGUGACGCCUGUGCGGACGAAAAGAAAAUCGAAAUAGGGAGGCAAGGGACGUGUCAUAUUAAGCUGAAAGAUAUAGACAUCAGAUUGGAGGAUAUUAAGCCCAGUUCGAGAAAGAGUGUUGUGGCAUUGGAGGAUAAGAAUGGCCUUAGUGUGUUAUUACAUAAGGCGUUAGGAAAUCCGCAGCCUUUGGUGACGGUUUAUGUCGUGACGACGAUUAGUAAGAACGAGUUGCCAUUGUCUGGGUAUUUGUUUCAGGCUGUUGUUCCACAGGGUUGCAAGCAUCGACUUCUUCAACCCUCUGCCACUGCAUUACCCCCGUUUAACCCUUUUCUACCUCCAUCUGCGAUAACCCAGAUUCUCUUAAUAGCAAACCCGGAAAAUAAAGAAAAUAUUUUGCUGAAAUUCAUUUUAAGUUACGUUAUGGAUGAUGAUAUGGUUACUGAAAUGGGGGAGGUUAAAGAGUUGCCUCUAGAUGUCGCUUCUAAUCCGUAGAGUUCCUUUAAAAAAAAAUGUGAACCAAAGAUCGCUAGGUUAGUUGGAUAUGUGAUGAUCUCUUAUGUAUGUCUAAGUGUUUAUUUUUAAAUACGGUAUAGUAACUUAAAUCUUAUUCUUCCUAGCAGCAAGUAGUAUACUUAAAAAAAAUCAAAAAAAUUGGCUUACAAUUUUUACCAAAGAUGUUUGUUUUAAUUAAUUUAUUUUUUUGUAAUGAAGCAAUUUGAGUGGAAAAUAGUUUGAGAUUGAAAGACUUUUUGCGUAUAUAACGCGUUUUUUUUGUGAUUACGUUUGUUUUUAUCUGUGAUUGUUAUUAGUUCCUUUUUUAUUAUUGUUUUUAUUUAUAUUUAUUAAAAUUAUGUCUCUUUUUUAAUGCUACUUUUUAGAAUUUUAUUGUAAAUUAUAGGGCAAUUAUAUGUGUAUCUGUAAUAAAGAAUUAUACAGAG